ACAUACGUCUGAAGCUAAUAAAAGCGUAUUAAAAUCUUCAUUAUUGUUCGGCGAACCAUUGUGUUUACGGCCUUAUAACUAAGUUCUCAUGGGCGAGACAAUGUGGGAAUUAAGUUUUGUUUGUAAUUCAGUCGUUUUCCGACGUUCACGAGGAGAAAUCCUGAAUGAUAUCUCGCUGGGAUAAUGUAGAAUUCUUGAAGUUCACACGUCGCGAAAAUUUACUAAGAGAUACGUGAAGUUGUAUUUUUAUCGCUUAAAACAGUUUUUUUCUCCUCAAUAUGAUGAUUAGUGGUUGGAAGGACUUUGUGACGUCAUGCCGGAAGUCGAGGAAACUGGUGGCUCUGAUCGUGGCCAUCGCGUUACUGCUGGACAACAUGCUCUUGACGACGGUUGUGCCUAUCAUUCCGGAGUUCUUGUACGACAUAGAACAUCCCGGAUCUCCGUUGUCGGUUUCGCUGGAUGACGUCACGACUACAACGCCGAGUCCCAGCCCCCACUGCCCCUGUCUGGAAAAGAACGAAUUUAAAAUUUCCGAGAACAACACGAACAUCAACCUCACAAUGGCACGGGAGUUGCGUCACAACGAUCUGGUCCGCGAGUCCUUCCCCGUUGGGGUCAUGUUCGCCAGUAAAGCAGUGGUCCAACUAUUGACAAACAUAUUUAUUGGCCCGUUGACUCACAGAAUCGGUUACGGAGUGCCAAUGUUCAUUGGAUUCGUGAUUCUGUUCAUAUCAACUAUAAUAUUCGCCUUCGGUCAUUCAUAUGGAGUGCUAUUCAUGGCUCGUGCGCUCCAAGGCGUGGGUUCGUCCUGUUCCUCUGUAUCCGGGAUGGGAAUGCUCGCCGAACGAUAUCCAGACGACAAGGAGCGCGGGAACGCGAUGGCUUUCGCCCUUGGCGGGCUGGCGUUCGGCGUGCUAAUCGGCCCACCCUUCGGCGGAUUCAUGUACCAGUUCUUCGGGAAGACGGCGCCAUUUCUCUUACUCGCACUACUCGCUCUAUUAGAUGGAGGUCUUCAACUGAUGGUUCUUCAACCAGGAUUCACGAGGACAGAGAAUGCAGCACCGUCUCUGAAGCAGCUUCUAACUGAUAAAUACAUUCUGAUUGCAGCUGGAGCCAUCACCUUUGCAAACCUCGGUAUAGCGAUGCUAGAGUCAAGUCUACCGAUCUGGAUGGCGGACACAAUGCAAGCCCAGCGGUGGGAGCAGGGCGUGGCCUUCCUGCCCGCCAGCAUCAGCUAUUUAAUAGGUACCAAUAUAUUCGGACCCCUCGGGCACGCCAUGGGUCGUUGGAAAGCGGCUUGCACCGGUUUGAUUGGAAUCGGAGUUUGUUUGAUGUUGAUCCCGAUGGCUAGCAAGUUGGAGCACCUGAUCAUCCCCAACGCUGGUCUCGGCUUCGCCAUCGGUAUGGUGGACUCGUCCAUGAUGCCGGAACUGGGUUUCCUUGUGGACAUCCGCCACGCUGCCGUCUAUGGAUCGGUUUACGCCAUCGGAGACACAGCCUUCUGCUUGGGAUACGCUGUCGGUCCUGCGUUCUCUGGGCUCCUGGUAAACGCGAUCGGCUUAGAAUGGAUGCUGGUCAUCAUUGCACUGACGACCUUUGCUUAUGCUCCUCUCUUGAUGAUGCUAAGGUCUCCUCCGAGGAAUGAAGACAAUACGAGUCUACUGACCGAUUCCCGGGACACACACAUACGCUACCUGACCUACAAAAGCCAUGACAAUGAAUAGAUUAAUUACCAACACUCUAAUACGGUCCGAAGCAAAUUGGAAUAGAUUAAUAAAAAAUUGUAUAAGAUUUAUUUGUAUAAAAAUGUUCAAAUACAUCCUCCAUGUUAAUGUGAAUUGUAGAUUAAAUAGGCUAAUUGCUUAAUGUAUAUUGUGGACGACAUUAUUUCCUUAUUGUUAUAAAUUAGAUCAGCUCUCAUCGUAAUUAUAAGGAACUUUGUAUACAAACUCAGCACAUUAUUUGUCUUGUUUGAUCGUGCACAGAUGGCUUAUGUUGCAAGCCAAUUUUUUUACUUAUUAUUAUACUUAUUGCGGCUAUCUUUUUCGCUUGCACUGAAUAAGGGGUGCCAAAAAAAAAUUAAGAACAAAACUAGCAAAAAUAAAUCAUAUAUCCAAAAUAAA